UUAAGAUUUACGAGUACCAUUCUCAAAACCCUAUUCUCUGUUUCUCAAUAUCAGUCGCCUCUUAUAGUUUCAUCAUCUCUCUUGAUUACCAGUUGUUCAGUUCAGUCAUCUUCUUUACUGAGAUAUGGAUAACGAUGGAGCUUCUGAUGAACCAUCAAGGCGUGUUCAUGUACGCUUCGUCACCAAACUUAAGGCUCCGUUCAAAGUUCCGAGCACCUCUAUUGCUAUUCCAUCCAACCUUACCAGAAUGGGUCUCUCAGCCAUCGUCAACAACCUUCUUCAAGCUGUUAAUGAUGAUUGGCAACUCGAGCCCUUCGAUUUUCUUAUUGGGGGAGAGCUAAUUCGGAUGUCACUUGAAGAGUUUCUAGUUGCCAAGGGUAUCUCUGCGGAGAAAGUUUUAGAAAUUGAAUAUGGAAAGGCUGCAAUCCCAAGAAGAGAGGAAGAACCUUCUUUACAUGAUGAUUGGGUCAGUGCUAUUGAUGGUUCCAAUCCUGGGUUCAUCGUGACAGGAUGCUAUGACAAUUUAGGAAGGGUGUGGAAGGGUGCUGAUCUGUGUUCGCAUAUAUUAGAGGGACAUGGAGAUCCGAUUACUUCCAUAACUAUUGUUAAUCAGAAAGGUUUGUCAAGUUCCAACCAUACAACAUUUGCUACUGCUUCAAAAGAUAAAACAGUUAGACUGUGGAAGUUUGAUGUAGAGGAUUCCACUGAACAAUCUACAAAGAUUCGAGCUUACAAGAUUUUAUCUGGACAUACUGCAUCUAUUCAAAGUGUUGCAGCACAGCCUUCUGGAGAUAGGAUUUGUUCUGGUUCUUGGGAUUGUAGCAUCAAAUUGUGGCGAACAGAUCAACUUGAUGCAGGAAGUGAUCAAGUAUCUACCAAGAAGAGAAAAACAGGAGUUGAUGAUGUAGAAGUUCAAACAGAGGGGGAAGCUAGUUCCACCCUUGUGGGUCACACUCAGUGUGUGUCUUCUGUUUCCUGGCCAGAACAUAACACCAUUUAUUCUGCAUCAUGGGAUCAUUCCAUUAGAAAGUGGGAUAUUGAAAGAGAGGAGGCUACAGAUGAAAGGUAUACUGGAAAAGUUGUCAACUGUCUUGAUGUUGGAGGAGAAAGCUCUGCUCUCGUCGCAACUGGGAGCUCUGACUCAGUUCUCCGUGUAUGGGAUCCUCGCAAGCCAGGUACUACGGCUCCUAUUUUCCAGUUUUCAUCACAUGGUUCCUGGAUCUCGUCUUGCAAAUGGCACAAGACAUCAUGGUUUCAUCUGGCUUCUGCAUCUUAUGAUGGAAAAGUUAUGCUGUGGGAUUUAAGAACUGCGUGGCCACUGGCAAUUAUUGGUUCCCACAAUGACAAGGUGUUAUGCGUGGAUUGGUGGAAAGACGAUAGCAUCGUAAGUGGAGGUGCAGACUCAAAACUCUGCAUUUCUUCGGGCAUUUCUGUUUAGUAACAAAGAGCAAUGAAUGAUUAUGGGGUGAUGAAAAUCUCAGGCAAAACAAGUUUGGCAGUAGAGUUUUUGUGGCUUUUAAACCAAUUUUGAGAUGUUAAUUAGUAAUUUAGCUGAGCUUUUAGGUUAAUUUUUCCCCAGGACCAUAAAUUUGUUGUACAAUUGUGAUUCUAUCCAAUGGUGUAAUGCAUUGAUCCAAACCUCAAGUUUUUGAGUCUUAGAUGAACCUUGUAUGUUGAAGGUGAUGUGGUGGGUCUAUGUUCAGUGGAUGAAGAUUGAAGCUACUUUGGGGGUUAUUUCUAAUAUUGAAAAUUUGUUAAUUUUAUGCAUUUUGCUUUCCCAUGAAUUGUAAUUUUUUUUCAGUUUAUUUGGUCAUCU